AAAGCUGACAGCUGGCACAAGUGGCACAAACCAUCUGUGGCCAUCAUCAAUAAAAAUAACCUUCGGUUGCUAGUUGCAAAUUAAAAUGUUUAACAAUUAAGUUUUUACGUGUCGUUUGGUAAUUGCUGAUCAAAUGCAAGCAACAAUGUCCAUCUCCGAUGUGUACAACGACCUGACUUUGUACAUAACUCCAGAAAAAUUCUAUUUAGAACCCAAAACCAGUGAAGAAUUACUGAUAAUCGAUAGGGUGUCAGAGGAUGUGACUAUCCAGAAAAAUUCGGGCCAAAUCCCAGCGGCCAGCACUCGGCAGGACUUCUGCGGUUUGUUGGGCUCUAUUAAUCUACUCGCUGGCCGAUAUUUGGUUGUAGCCACCCAAAGGGACUUGGUCGGGUACAUUGCAGGGCACCCAAUAUGGAAACUAGUAAAAACUGAAAUAAUUCCCUACCCCAAAAGCUUGAUACAUCUAAAUAAUGAGAAGCAGGCCGAUAAUAAUGUGUACUUGAGCAUGGUACAAACUGUACUGGCAACGCCCAAUUUCUACUUUAGCUACAGCUACGACAUUACGCAUUCCAUCCAAAGACUGCACGACAUCAGCCCAGAGUUUUGGCAGCAAUCUCUGCUUGAACGCUCGGAUGCCAGAUUUGUAUGGAACGCGAAUAUUCUGGAACCGUUCCUAGCGCCUAGUUUUCGAAGGUUCGCUUUGCCUUUACUGCUCGGGUUUGUCUCCAUCAACCAAUGUGUGAUUAAUGGACAAAACUUCACAUGGGCCAUCGUUUCCAGGAGAAGUAUCUACAGAGCUGGUACCAGAUGGUUCAGGCGAGGCAUUGACCAGGAGGGAAACGUUGCAAAUUUCGUGGAAACCGAACAAAUCGUCGAAUCAGGCGACGGCGAUAGAGCUAGUUUUGUGCAGAUUAGAGGUUCAAUACCUCUAUUUUGGUAUCAAAAACCCGACCUCCGGUACAAGCCGCCCAUCACCCUCGAUUACAACAUAGACCCGCAAGAGCAGCGUAACGCGUGUCUUAAACACAUCGAAUCGAUGGCAGGGAUUUACGGAAGACAGGUGAUGGUGGAUUUAGUCGACCAAUUAGGAUCCGAAGGGCUGCUAGAAAAGGCCUUUAGAGGCACAAUAAGCCUCUUGGCGCAUCCUUCUGUUAGAUACGAGCCUUUUGACUUCCAUGCAGAGUGCCGGAAAAUGAAGUGGUACCGGCUGUCCAUAUUGAUCGACAGAGUGUCUUUAGAUCAGGACGAAAUGGGCUAUUUUCUGAUCUUGCGGGACGGCACUCUUUCCUCGCUGCAAGAAGGAGUCUUCCGAACAAACUGCAUAGACUGCCUCGAUAGAACCAAUGUGGUACAAAGCAUGUUGGCUCAUAGAAACUUGGAAAUUGUGCUUAGGCGAUUUGCGAUUUUGAGCCAAGAUCAAACUUUGGAACAUCAGUAUUCGUUUGAGUCCCUCUAUAAGAAUGUUUGGGCGGAUCAUGCUGAUCUUGUCAGCAUUCAGUACUCGGGAACGGGGGCUCUGAAGACCGAUUUUACCCGCACAGGAAAGCGCACAAAAGCAGGCGCUCUUCAGGACGGUGUGAAUUCGUUGAUUCGUUACUACAAGAACAACUUCAACGAUGGUUUCCGACAGGAUUCGAUAGACCUGUUUCUAGGCGUGGGUAAAGUAGUUUCACCCAUUGCUCCUCCUCCUGGUUGGAGAUACGUUACUUUCCCAUCCGUUCUACUGGUGGCCACUGCUAUGUUUGUAGCUUCCUCUGUGCUACCAUCCGAAUAUUCCACCGAGUGUCUGCUAUAUUUACUCUUCUGGGGUGGAAUGAUGGUUGCCACCACGCACUAUAUUUUCCGAUAUGGAAGGGAGUUUGUCGACAAACCCAAAUUGGUAGGUUCUUAGAGUCCGGGUGAAGGAACAUUGCAUUUAGAUCGGCUUGGAAUUGAAGAGCGGUCACAUUCUAUACAAUACUAGAAGUGUUUGGGGUAUGCUUAAAAAAUUACCAAUAGUCUAGUCGGAUUAUUAAUUGUCCACCCAUUUUAAUUUUGUUUAGAAACAGCUAAUGCUGCCCAAUAAUAAAAGAGCACAUUAUUAUCCUGUUUA